CGCUAUUGGUCGAGCCGUGGCACGAUGGUGGGGAUGAGAAGGCACCGCGUCACGAAGCGAGGCCGAGGAACUGUGAGGCGCAUGUAUCAAUGCGCAAUCGCAUCUGAACGAUUGACGGAGUCGGGGAGGUCCGAGGAAUAAACAGAGUGGCGAGACCGCGCGACGGAUAGAGAGGGGGUGAAGCGGAGAGAGUGAGGGAGCGAGCACGAGAGAGAGAGAGAGAGAGAGAGAGAGAGAGAGAGAUAGAGAGAAAAAAGAGAGAGAGAGAGAGAGAGAGAGAGAUAGAGAUAGAAGGAACAAGCAGCGAGACGAUCACGAUGCACAGAGGCGAGCACAAGCGGCCAGGGGCACAGGGCUGAGGGCUGAGGGCUCAACAGGGCCUUGUACGACGUUUUACGGAAUCUGGCGCGGAUCAGCCAGCAACGAUGGAACAGCCGAAAACUCCCGCGUCCCGGCUACUCAGUACAACCUGCAUCGAGAACAAGGACGACCUGGAGGAGAAAUUUGAAAGAUGCUAUGGCGUACUUCAAAAUCUGACUACAGGCCUGUCGGAAAAGGAAGCGCAUGAUACGCUGAACAAUGCGGUGUGCAAAGACAAAACGCACGAAGAAGUUUCCUUGGGAUUAUUAGUUGUCAUUUUAACGGAUCCACAGAAUGCUUCAAAAAGUUAUAGAGACUUAACGCUUAUAACGAGAGAUGGUCUUGCGAUUGUGUUAGGACAUCUUAAUCAGUUGGUACUGGAAAGGUACCUCAGACUGAAUGACGUUACCCGAACUCAGCUUUUGUGGUUGUUACGUGAAAUGAUAAGGACUAGCGUAGCUAAUGUUGAUAAUCUUUGUUUAACUUUAUUGAGACACGCGGCUGGUGGAGAUAUCUCCCCAAGAAAUCUGUUCCUAGUCGAUGCCCUUUUGGAUAUAUUUCAAGAAAAUCGGCCAUGGCUGGACAAAUUUCCUUUUUUGGUAGCAUCUAUCGUUUAUACGUAUUUACGAUUAAUAGAAGAUCACAAUGGUCCUCAUCUGACCGGUCUUCGACAGAAGGAAGUAACUUUUACGGUAUCCCUUUUGAGGGAGAGAAUGGUGGACUGUUUAGUUAUUGGAAGGGAUUUAGUGCGCUUAUUACAAAAUGUUGCAAGGAUACCUGAGUUUGAAGGACUUUGGAAAGAUGUAUUAUUAAAUCCAAAAUCUCUCUCUCCAAACUUCAAUGGAAUUCUUCAACUUUUACAAACGAGGACUUCUCGAAGAUUUCUUCAAUCAAGGCUUACUCCAGAUAUGGAGAGAAAACUCGUUUUUUUAACAAGUCAAGUUCGUUUUGGAAAUCACAAACGUUACCAAGAUUGGUUUCAAAGACAAUAUUUGGCAACACCCGAAUCUCAAUCAUUGAGGUGUGAUCUAAUACGUUUUAUCGUCGGUGUUAUACACCCGACCAAUGAAUUAUUGUGUUCGGAUAUAAUACCACGAUGGGCGGUAAUAGGAUGGUUGUUUACUACUUGUACAUCGACCGUAGCUGCGAGUAAUGCCAAAUUAGCUUUAUUUUACGAUUGGCUUUUCUUCGAGCCGGAGAAAGAUAAUAUAAUGAAUAUCGAACCUGCAAUUCUUGUCAUGCAUAAUUCAAUGAGAUCUCAUCCACCUGUUACUGCCACUCUUUUAGAUUUUUUAUGCAGAAUAAUACCAAACUUUUAUCCGGCAUUAACGGAAAAAGUUAGAAAUGGAAUAUUUUCAUCGCUGAGGCAAAUUUUGGAGAAACGAGUGUUACCUAGUCUUUAUCCGCUAUUCGAUAGUCCUAAGUUGGAUAGAGAAUUAAGGAGCAAAAUUAGAGAAACCUUUAAGGAAUUUUGCUUACCACCUAAUGCAGAUCCAGCAGGUAAUAAGGUUCCGAUAUAUUCAGGUAAAAUGGAAGAUCUUAAUAAGGAUCUCAAUUCAGGACUUAUCUUGGAAAAUACGACAAGUACACCCAUGGAAAAUAAUCACGUGGGCCAAGAUCCGGAACCAGCAUUCAGCGACGAGGAAGAAGAGAUGCCACUCAGAAUAGUAACAAAAGUGGAAGAGGAGGAAGACGAAGAAGAUGUACCGUUAGCUACAGUGAAGCUUAAGAAUGAACAAAAGAAUGCAAAUUGUGUUGCAAAAAAGGAAGAUAUUACGUCUCAGUUAAAUCUCAUUUUAGAACCAGAAGAAUUGAGAACUGCCAUUGGAAGCCUACAUAGUGAAAGUGACAAUGAAAUCAGAUGCCAAGCAGUGGAGAGAAUAGUACAAAUGGUCGUGGAGGAUGAGAUAGAUGCAGAAACUGUGCCAGGUUUAGCGUCUUGUCUAUCGACCAUUUUGUCGACACAAAUUACAGCACAGAUAUUUCCAUCGGAUAAUUUAAACGAGGAAUCUUUGACUGAUAGUAUAAGCACGCCAUUGUUUGUUAUGUUUCGAAAUCAGUAUCAGUUGUGUAAAGAAGAAGACAAUAGGAGAAAACUUUUAGCUAGAGUACUCGCUGAAAUGUAUUCUAUUCAACCAAAAAUAGGAUAUCUACUUCUAUAUUUUUUAAAAGUAUGGGGUAGAGAGGAAGAAAAGAGGGAGGGGGAACCAAGCAACGUAUUAAACGACGUAAAAGCCUCCGUUUAUAAGGACUUUUGCGCACAGAGAGAAAAAAAGUUAGAUGCGUGUUUAGUGGCUGAUCUGAAGUUAUGUCACGAAGACAACAUAUUCAUGUUGUGUUACUUGGUGCCUGACAUAUAUACAGGAUUUCAAAACGUGGCCCUAGGGAACGUCCAACUUUUGCAUUUGGUCGUUUCGACUAUCGAUGCAUGUCAGUUACAGGAACUGGUUUGUCAGAUAAUGCAAGGCCAUCUUAAAAUGUUAAAGAAAGAAUCUUUCACUUCCUUGCUUACUGCUAGUUUAAAUUGGGAAACCUUCGAACAGUACUGUUUUUGGCAGUUAAUUUUUGCUCAUGAUUUUCCCAUUGAAUACGUGUUGCCAGUAUUACCGAAAUUGCAAUUUCGUGAUCAUGCAGAAGCACUCACGUCGAUACUAUUUAUGCUUAAACAAGAAAAACCUACUCUGGAACUUUUAAGACAGUUACUUGCGCGACAGAACGUGGAUGGUGACAUGUUCGUAGUCGCAGCGUUACGUUAUUGGUGUCGCGAUUACGAGGAAAAGCUUGGUGAAUUACUAGCGAAUCUUUUAAGUACACGCUAUCCUGCGACCAGUCCGAACAAACGAAAACGUUCUGGAGCAAAGCACAACCAACAAUCUGGACCACCGACGGGCGAACAGGUUCUGGGUCAUUUGGAUCAAUUGCGUCAACAUUGUACAUCCUCCACGGAGUUGCAGUUGUAUCAUAUGGAAGGGAUGCAGAGAGCGUUGCAACAAGCGCAAGCUGCCAGUAGCGAUUCUCUUAGGAAGAGUUACGGCGACUUAUUCGCUUUAGCGGAAGUUAACGAAGAAAACGAACCACCUCCACCGCCACCAACAAGUUCGGCGAGAAAACACGCGGCAGCUUCGGGCGGGGGUGGGGGCGGUGGAGCCGGCGGCAAAGGGGGAAAUAGGAAAGUUGGCGUUAAUACGAGGGAAAGGACGAGUUCGAAAAAACAAAUUCGGUAUCACCUCGACAGUACAUCCAGUAGCGAGGUAACCAUUUCACCAGAGGAGGAAAUCGUAAAUCCAAAGCAAGCGAAAAAGAGAAAAAAGAUUAUAGUGGGCUCGGACAGCGACUGACCACCCAGUGUCUUCACAUGUCACAUGGACCACGUCAUGUGUGUGCAGCAAGAUAAAUUAGCCUUAAGAAUAGUAAGAUAAUACGAUAUAUAUAUAUAUAUACAUAUACAUAGUAGAUUUAUCUAGCGCGACUUGUAAAUAUAUUCUACGUUGAUAAUGGAGUACGAAACGAUGUUGUUGGCGCGAGUCUUACGCGUUUCGUAAUCUAAAAACCGUAGUGGUGCCAGGCUCUCGUUAUUAUCGUUAAAUGUGUAUGUAUGUAUCCUCGAUUAGUUUUCUAAAGUAAAAAUACUCUUAUCAUAUCGACUUAUCGACGAGUAAAUUUAUUAUCGACUAAGGGAGGUGUGACUAUCGUUUGUCGGACGAAAAAUUAUUGCGAAAAAAUUACUUUCAAUUGUGUACAAAUGAGAAAUUCUAAAUGAAUAACUUUGACCUGGCACCACUACAAGGGGUAAAACAAUGCGGUCUUACUCCCAUAAACACGUUAAAUUUGUAAUUGUAAAAGCAUCGAUCCACAUAGUAUUUUUAUGUGGAAAGAAAGUCAGCGCGUGCAAGCACCUUCGUCGUGCUUAAUAUAUUUACCAAUGAUCUUUUCUACUAAUUGUGCGAUUAUCACACUCCGAUCAAGUUGUUAUUGACAAAUAUUGAUUUUGUCGAUUUAGAUUAUUGACAAGUAAUUAUUUCUUGAUUUAAAACAUUUGACACAGCCGUAAAUUAUUUUAACAGAAAAUAUCUUUAUAGUAGAGAAUCGUUUGAAAUAACAUUGUGAAUAAUGUGUCGUUAGGGUUCAUGUAUUAAUUCCUAAGAUUUUUUCUAUAGUACGUAAUAUAUAUGCGUCCGUUAUAUUUUCGGUUUGGAGAAAAAAAAAUAUUUGCGUAUUGCACAAAAGUAAAUAAGAAGUAAAUUCGAUAAGAAAUCGGAUCUUUGUAACAAUAUCUUUGUUCGAGUUUUUGAAAACUACGUCGUCUUCGAAGGUUCAAAUUAAUGCACAAGUAGAUCCAAUUUGUGUGAGUUAUUCUCACAAUAGACUCUUUUACCGUCCUCUUAAGUUUCAAUUAAAAUCUUAUAGAUCGCGUUCUUAUACUUAUCUUCUUAUAUUUAUAAGAAAUUUCUUUAUAUCGCGAAUGUAAGAGCUGCUGAUAUUCUUGGAAUUAAUGCAUGAGUCAAAGAGUAUUAAGAAUUUAGGAAACCUCAUAUAUACGCAUACGAAAUUAUUAAUACCGCGCUUGUGAAUAAUUUUACAUUUUAAAAUGAUAACUUUCUUUUAAUCAAUUCCUUGUUUCGAUCGUCGUUGAUUCCAUUGUUUGUUCUUUCAAAGGAUAUUGAGAUCAUUCAUCGAACGUAACGUUAAAUAAUUAAAUUUAUAUAUAGCUCGUUUAAACGAUUUACUUUAUAAAUUUAAACUUUUAUAUACACGCACUUUUCUUUAUUACAAUACCAUAUUAAUUUCUUCGAGA